AUGGCAAGACUUGAGGAGAAAGGCACGACUCAUGAAAAAAUGUGGAUCCGGAUCCAACCCAGUAAUGAUCACUUAACUUACGAUUCGUAUGCUCUAGGUUACGGAAACAACAAGAACAAAUAUUCUUGCGAUAGCUUCAAAAUCUUGAGGUGUAGAAAGCAUUACGAUAGCGUCCGGGUUAUGGAGUGUGAGUUGUAUGAUUUAAACACUGAUUCAUGGAGACUUCUUGCUGAAGACGCUCAAAGCAAUUUAACAGUUUCCUUGGGCUGGAGGAUAACUAGUUGUGGCGUGUCUUUGAAAGGAAAUACUUAUUGGGUUGCUUGUGGUCGACACAAAUACCACGAUAGUCAAUUCUUGCUCAGGUUUGAUUUCAAAGGAGAGAGAUUUGAACGUUUUUCUCUUCCGUAUGGUGGUUACAUAGGUACAAUGUAUCUCUCAGUGGUUAGAGAAGAGAAACUUGCUGUGUUACUUGAUAGGCCCAAUUUUGAUUCGUCAAGAGAGAUGAAGAUAUGGGUGACCGAUACUAAGAUCAUAGUCUGCUCAAGACUCAAGAGCAUAAUCUCUCUCACAUUGUUGGAGAUAUGA